AUGGACUUCAACGAUCCAGUUUUUGGAGGUGAUGGUGAUCCGACUGCUUCUUAUUGUCCAGAUGAAGAAGACGAAUCCCCUCCCCACUCGACUCCUCUUCCCUCCUCUCCUCAACACUUGCCAGAAUCCCAAAGAUCAUCGAAGCGUGCGAGGCAAGCAUCCCUGGAGUCAGGCAACAAAGAUGACAUCAUGUGUGAUACCAAUACUCAACUCAACUUUUCUCGUUUGCCACCAUCGACCCAUAUGGAUGAAGUCUGCUCUGCACUUAAAGCCCUUCAUCAUCUUGAUGAUGAGCAUGAUAAGAUUGCUCACAAAGCGAGCACCUGUCCCACACCCGAGAGGCAUGCAAAUGUCAUGUAUGCUCUUCUUGCGGCCCAACAACAUCAGACCUCAGUUGAAGCAUCUGUCCCAUACGGUGACACAUUCAAGGUGAGGUUAAUCUCAUUACAUCUUCUCACAUCUCCAUUCCGAUUCAUUUUGACCUCCAUCAAUCUCGCCAACAAGACUUUUGUGAGGACAAACGCCCGAAUGUCGUUCCUCAUUCCGACUCUUGAGGCUUACUCAAACAAUCCGAAUAAAAGUGGGGCACUCCCCAAGAGUCUGUACUACCUUUCGUUGGAUGCUAUUCACAAACAGCCUGACGAGUGGAGAGAAGACAACCUUCCUCCAAAACAACUCAAAGGGGAAUCGCCAGCGUUAAAACUGUAUGCUCAAGUCAUUGAUCCUGAACAACAUCCUCGAGACCAAAAGGAUCGAGAUUACAGGUCCCGUCCCAAAUCGACAUGCGUUGGCCACAAUGGUGAGGGUCUUUCCCGACUACCUCUGGCUUCUGAAAUGAAAGCUAACUCUGGUUUUGUUAUCUAUUCUGACCUCCCUCCGGAAAACCGAAAGUGGACUGAAGAACAGAUCAGGACCCGAGUUGAAUCCAACUGGCUCAUGCGAAUUCGUGUGGCCUAUCUUCGACUUGUUCUUGUCUACUACUACACUCACCCAUCAUCAAAGGGUACACAAUGGGGUGCAAUUGACGACCGACUUGCAAUCCUCCGGAAUUCAACCUCUGAGUUUCAAACCAUGCAUGCAACCCUUGUCUUGAAAAAGGAUAAGGAAUUAUUUUCGCAUUCAAAGCACUACAAAAAGAUACCAACGGAACAAUUCACUGUUCCUUCGGUCGAUGAUGUCAACAUCGCCCUUUCUCAAAAAGAAAGCACUCAAGAAUUUCGAGCUUCCCAAGCACCCGACCUAACCCUUACUUGA